AUGUCACGCACGGUGGCGGUUUUAGAGUGUGUUCUGCUGCUCGCCGCAGCUCCGUGGUGGCAGUGGAAGUCCAUGGCGCAGGAAAAUGCAAUAAAACCCAACUGCAAUUCAGAUGGUACCGGCACUGUCUGUUCCUGCGGGAGCACAGCACACGACUCUGGUAUAUUCGAGCCGGCAAACUUGUCUCAAUCGACGAAUACCCUCACUGUUACCUGUGAGGAGACAUUCAGCUUCGUACCCUCUGAGUCUAAGAGCGUUUGCGUGGGAACUCCUGGGCAACCCUCUCUGGCAGCUUGUCAACCCAAGCAGAGGGGGACCGAGGUGGUUAUCGCUCCACUUGUGAAUUUCUUGUCCUCCCCGCCCACCCCUCCAGUAGAUGUUGAGUGGAAAAAUGCAGGAAAGAACUCGCACUCUAUAGUUUUUCCCAAAGCCAAUUUUCCUUUCACCGAUAAGGCCUUUUUCGUGGGAUGCCAAAACAGCAACCAGAAACACUGCGUGGUGCCCGUCAGAGUGAAGGCAAGAAAGUCUGUGCUUGAAGAUAAGGUCCUCAAGUGCGCAUACGGCACAGACAGCAACACGCCUGUACCGGAAGUGACGCUGGAUCCCACCAGCAAAUCACUGACAGUCGACUGUGGCGAGGACGGAACAAUGCCCCUUACGGGAGAACUGCCAACUGUCUACUACUGCAAGGACUCCGCCACCGAUGCCUGCGAUCCUGUCAAGGACGUGACAGAAAUCCUGCCGGGCUUCGCCAAGGAGUGGUGGACACCAGUGAAUGGUCUCAAGACCGCAGCCAAACUGACAGUGCCGGAGGGCGGUUUUCCUGUUGAGCCGAAGACAGUUGUGCUGGGAUGCAAUCCCAAGAGAGCAAAAGCCAAGGUAGAUGCCGAGCCGGAGUCCCACGCUGAGGGUGGUCUCCCGACCUGUCGGGUGAAGGUGACUUUUGAUGCUCCUUCGAGCAGCUCAUCGGGGAUGCGGCUUUCUUUGAAUACGUUGGCCUUCUUGUCCGCGCUGUUUUCUCUUGCUUCGCUGGUUUAG